GUCCUGAUUUGACGGGAAUUUUCAGAGUGAAUCUUGUGGAGAGCAGAGGUGGCAGUUGUUCAAGUGUUUUCAUGGCCGAUCCCAAGACUAAAUAUCCGUCAAUAGGAGAAGAUGGUCUUCCAAUACCAGGUCGUUUAUAUCAGUUGGAUGAUCCAUAUUACACGGUGUUAUCACUGGAUACUGGCACCUAUCGAACGCAAAAGUUCCACUCAGUAGAACCAGCGUUUUGUGGUUUGGUGAGAAUUGUCGAGGAGGGUGCAAUUGGGAAUGGGAAAUGUCACGCCCUUAUACAAUGGCGUAUCCAACGUAAUCCAAUAAUCGGUGAUAAGUUCGCGUCUCGUCACGGACAGAAAGGAAUCAAUUCUUUCCUAUGGCCAGCCGAAUCGAUGCCAUUUUCAGAGACUGGAAUGAUGCCCGACAUCAUCUUCAAUCCACACGGUUUCCCGUCUCGUAUGACUAUCGGUGAG